CUGUGAAAAGAAACACUCUCUGUUAUGUGCGAAUAAAAGUUCGUUGAAAACAGUGUGAAUUAAAAUUAUAAAUUUCGAUUGAUUUAAGUAAAGAAUUCGUGUAAUUUAGUUCAAAUAAAGCUUUGGAGUGCAUUUAUAAUGGCAACCUCUACCCAAAAUGCAAUCACACUCAAAGGUUCGGCUGCAAUCGUUGCGGAAUAUCUGAAUUACGGCAUAAACUCGAUCCUCUUCCAGCGGGGUAUUUACCCCCCAGAACAGUUCACCAGUGUGCAGCAGUACGGGCUAACGAUCCUUAUGUCGACGGACGACAAGAUUAUCGCUUUCCUACAAAAUGUCCUCGGGCAGGCCCAGGAAUGGCUGGCCCGCAACGAGAUCGAAAAAAUCACGAUGGUCAUUACGAACGUGUACACAAAGGAAGUGCUAGAACAGUGGGACUUUAAGGUGCAGGCUGAACCACCAUCGGCGGACGGAACGAAGGUCGACCCCGUUAACCCAACCGCUUCAAAGGAACUGAAAAAAAUACAAGCGGAAAUUCGGGACGUGUUGCGUCAGAUUGCGGCCACUAUCAGCUAUUUACCCCUGCUCGAGUGUAUCUGUACGUUCGACGUUCUGAUUCAUACGGUGAAAAACUGUGAUAUACCGGAAAAGUGGAAUGAAACCGACGAGGUGCAUAUUCCGAACGCCCAAACCGUUCAGCUGAAAUCGUUUUCCACCGGGUUGCAGAAAGUCGAUACGAUCGUGAACUACAAGCUGACAGACUGAAGGGACGUGGUUUUUCAAUUCCUUGUUCAGCUGGAGUGUGUGAAUUUCGAAUUUUGUAUUUGUGUUUGGUCAGUUUUUAAUUUGUAGCG